GAUGGCGGACGUCCAGAGCUUUCCAUGUUAAUCCGAAAACGCGUUAAAAUCCUCAUGAUAGGAUGCUGAAAUUAGGACAGAGUAGGCUAACCUGUUUAGCAAUUUCAAAUUCUAGAAACUCCUUGAUGAAUGGCUUAAAUAUCUUUAGAUGUAUCACAGGAAAUUCUAGUAAUGAUGUAGAGCCAAACCCAUCAGAGAAACGUGACAGAGGCCCUCCUGGCAAAAUACUACACAGAGUGUCUAAAACCUUAGCUGAUGUCCCUGUUAAAGUGCAAAAUAAGAGUUCAAAUCUAGCUAAAGCAUCUCUUCAAAAGAUAUCAGGAUCUGUUAGUGCCUUUGAUGAUUUAUUGGGUAUUUCCGCUGUCAGAGAAGCCCAAAUGAAAGUUCGCGAAGCUGAARACUUGUUCAUGAAUUUCAGGAAAGUUGUGCAAGAAGCAGAAAAAGACCUUGAACGUGUACGCACGCAGUUGAAUGAUGUGCGCAAGAGGCUUGACCGCGUAUCUAGGGACGAUGAGCGAUACUUGUCCUUAGCUACUGAAGAGCACACUAUACUUUUGGAAGAGAAAAGGCUGAGGGCUGCCCUCAAAGACUGUGAGAAUAAAGAAAGAGAUCAGUUUGCAGUGCUGUCUGGGAUAGUUCGUGAGUCCCACGAGAAAGAGAGAGAACGUGUGGAAAGGACAAAGCAUUGGUCAGUGGUUGGAUCAAUUGUUGGAGCUGCUAUUGGUGUAAUUAGCUCUUCAGUGAUUAAUUAUAUAAGACUAAAGGAAGUCAAAAGCUCUGUCAAAGGGACUGGAGAAGAACUCAUGGAAAGAUCCUCUGAAAUACUAAAUGUUGUCUCAUCUCAAGACUCUAAAUUAGCUGCUAAUAGCACUGAAAUCAAAGAAGCCUUAGAAGCACAUCGUCAAGAAGUUAAUGAUAAACUCAGUGAUGUGCGAGACUCCAUAGAUACUUAUACUUUAAGUGCAUCUAUAAGUUCUGAUGCUGGUACCGUUGAAGCUGGAAUCAGUCUGAAAUCGCUAACUGCACAACUUAGAGAACUUGUGCAACUUCAACUUGCACGUGAACGGGAGAAGGUAGAAGGAGCUGAGCCAUCAAACAUCCCAAACUUUAUUCAGAAUCAGAUAAAUAAUCUCAAAGAGGAAAAUAGAAAUCAUUUUGCAGAGCUGYUUGUUGGUCUUAAAAGUUUAGAUACAAAGAUGGGACUUGGGAAGAAUAAAGCCAUUGAGGAAUCAAAUGAAACAUCUUUUCAUCAUUCAGACCAARUAACUGAGAAAUACAUCACAGACUUACAGCAAGCUCAAAAUUGGUCAAAGGCGCAAGUUAUUACAUCAGUAGCCAGUAUUACUGCAACCUUGAUUCUAAUUGUUUACGAUUUUAUGAAGUGAAGAACACAGAUCAACUUGUUGCAAAAAAACUUUCGUCUGGAACUCCGGAUUUAGAGUAUGGUAAUGAAAAGAGUGUUGUCUGUGAUAGUGGUAGUAAUGUUAGGGUUUUCCAAUGAUUGUGGAAGUGCUUUUUAAAGAACAAUCUGCAUGUAAUUCAAAAUGAUUUUAAUCAAUAUUUAGACAGUCGAUUUUCGAAUUGGACAAUGCCAGUAUGGAUACGGCAGUAAUUUUCCAAAGUCUUUGAAAAUGUAUUGAUAAUGAUAGACUUCGGACUCUUUUAUUCUAAUUCCUCAUUAAAAAAGCAGAAAAAGUACAGAGAAUGAUUGAAGGAUGAUUGUAGAUGGCAUUUAUCAAACAAUUUAACCAGGCCUGAUGAGAAUGCCUUGUCCACGCGAAGCCGGAAAGUUUUACUUCCGCAGCUCUAUCAAUAAUUCCUCAACUCUGUUAUUUGUGUGAUAACCACUUGCAUUUGUAUACACCUAUUUCAAAAAAUGUUGUCGUCGCCAGGACACAGUCCACGGUCUUGAGCCU